AGAGUGGUGUUCGUGCGAUGACGGGUAGAAACCAGACAAAGCAAUAUAACAACAACUCGGUGCCAGUCGUUCGACGUCAGUUGUGUGGUGACUGCUGUUUAAAUUGAUUGUACUUUGCCGUAAAAGCUGACUGUUUUGAUUUAUUUAGUUUCUAAGAAAACAAAAACAAGAUGGCACCGGUGGAUCACAAUCUUCAGGCUGUUGACGAUAGUUUUGACAUGGUUCAACAUGAUUCGACUGCUACAACGAGUGAAAACAAUUCUUUGGAUCAAUUAAACAUGCUGACCAAAGACAACGAUCAAUACAUAAAACUGAGAAAUCCCGUCGGUGAUGGUCUACCGUACUCGGCCAAAUUUCGCUACGAAAAUACUCAUUGGAAGUUGCACGGCGAACAAAGUCUAAUUACAAUCGGAUCGCACUAUCUGGCACAGGCAACCGUGGAACCGUUGGCCACACUAAACGACACAAAUGAUUUCGAAACGGCGAAGGAGCUGCUCCUGCGGAAUGUGAAAACAGUGAAAGUGUUAGUGGACAAUAUACAGUCGGAAAAGUGUGAUUUGGAAACGUCAAUACGACAGGAGCUGACGGAGCUGGGCGCUGACUGCGCACGAUGCAGUAUUAGUGGCGAAUCCUUGUUCAAGAUUUCGCGUCUGGCUCGAGAUUAUUGUUACGAUUUCGGAUCAGAUUUUUGCAAAGAAAUGUGCUUGAUCGAAACACUGGGCAAGAAAUUGAAAGUGACCUUUGCAUUGUAUUCGGCAAUGGAAACCAUGCUGCAGAAUCGAAACGAUUUUCACAAGGAUACCAAGCGAUUGCAAGAUCGUGCUCAGGAGAAGAAGUCACUGGAAGAAUUUUUCAAAUCUUUAGAAGUAACACAUAAAAACAUGCUUAUUGAGUCAAGCUCUUCUUCAAUGAAAUCCGAGUUGGAGAAUUUCGAAUCAGAUCAUUGUUUAUUGCUUCGCGCUGCAGAUAUAAUAUUUUUCCGGAACUUGGAAUGUCUUGCGGAAGGGACCUUUUUGGAAGGUUCGUUGCCUCUUAUAGUUAAAAAUUUAUUCCAAAGGAUCGAAACUAUAAUUGGCCUUCAAUCGCUUCCUGUGACAAAUGAGAUAUUUUUAAAUGUGUUCAAAAGUUUGAAGGAAGUGUCAAGUUAUGUAGACAAAAAAUUCAACACACAGAAUUGCUUUCAUUAUGAAGAAAAUCAGUUCAAAAUAAUGGAAUUUCCUGAAGAUCUCGUCAAAUAUCCAAUGGACCGAUGUAUGAUGCACCAAUUACUUAUGCUUAUCAAUUUUGCAAACCAUUUUGCACCAGGAAAACAAACUAUUCACACCAAUUAUCCUUACACAUUCCGAAUUGAUGUAUUCAAAAACUUCACAUUUGCUCGCGUCGAUCAACACACGUGGGCUUGUUUAAUGGACGCCACAGUAUUUAAUAUCUUCGAUGAAGAUUUCGAGCGCAUUAAGGAUUUCUCGACCGUGCUAAUGGCGUUCCUCGAGUUUAUUUCAUCUGAUAAUCAAUCCAGCGAGUCCCAUGAAUCCUGUCGCAUUAUUACACACAGUAUUCUCUCCUUUGUCGCAGAAGUUAAACAUUUCGGACAGGACAAGCAGGGUAAAGUUAUUCUUCGUAGCUUCAUGGAACAAGUCUUCAAGGAAAAACAAAUGGACGUUGAUCUUCUCCCAGAACUCAUGGGCUUAUUCAAAAAUACGGUUACGUAUUGGACCAAAUGGGGUGAAAAUAUUCCUUUCAAAUUAAUAGGACAAUAUUUUGAACCAAACAUUGAUGCACUUCGCCAAGACCUUUUGGAUAUUUUAAUGAAUAUGCUUGACAAAAAUAUUUCCUUGGACGGUUUGAUCAGAUUCUUCAGAGCCUUCAACGAACUUCUGGUGGACUUAACGGAACUCGACUAUGAUUGGUACGUGCGGGUACGCAACGAAAAGAUCAGGAAAACUCUUCUCGAGAAGCAAGCGAUCGAAUCUGUCCGAAACAAACUUUGCCGGACUGAAGACCAGUGUUUCUUGGUAGCAAAAAAUAAGUACGACGAAUUCAUAGAAAUCUGCGCCGAUGAAGUCAUACCGAAACACUAUCAGGUGGAAACGAUCAAAACGAUGUUAAAUUACAUCGUCAGCGCGAUGGAAACGCGCAGAUGGAACGACAGAUCCACGCUGACUGAGAAUGAUCAGCUCGACGUCACAAUUCUGUUGAUUAACGCCAUGAGAAGGUCACUGCUUUAUUUCAAAGAACAGCCAGACUAUGCCGACUUUAUGCAGUUCUUCAAGGAAACGACUAAACCAUUCAAAAGCAUCAUAAAAGGGUGCAAUUCAAUGAGUGGUUUCACAAGAAGAAUUGCAUACAUAAAUCAAUCAUUCUGGUACGUCCGAAACCAGACUUCCAUUGGUAUCGAUAAGGCGUUGCAACUUUUCUCUGCACAAAAUUCGAACUUCAAUGAAAAACAUCUGAGGAAAGCUCUGAUGGUGUAUGGAACCCAAUUCGAGAAACACAUGCGUGACUGCAGCGAUUUGGAGAACGUCGAUAAAAUUAAACGGAUUGUACAUGACAUCAAGGACAGGAUCAAACCGUAUCAUACUUCCAGUUGGACUGCAGAGUUCAAGCGAAAUACAAUUCCAGUAAUUCUUGCUGGCGUAGGAGCGGUGUGGUCUAUUCUGAUUUCAGAGGAUGUUGCUUGUUCCGGAAAAUACGUGAAGCCGCAUACGAUUCAAAUACUUGGUGUUUUACGAUUGUUGUGUGUCGAUAAGAAUGUCAAUGGCGUAGAGAAACAUCUGGCACAGAUAUUAACUGGGCAAGGAAAAUCCCUAAUACUGGGAUUGGUGGCAUCCAUAUUAGCUCUGUUUGGCCACACUGUAGAAAUAGUAUGCUACAGUGAGUAUUUGGCUGUUCGCGAUGCAACUAAUUUCGGAGUAUUGUAUGAUGCACUUUCCAUCAAAUCAAAAGUUCUUUAUGAAGUAUUCGAUGAUAUGGCUAAUGAUCAGGUCCAGAAAUUCUCCAAUAAAGCAUGGAAAUACGUGAGUAACUGCAUAGGAAUUACUCACCCAGUUUCGGAGAUCGACGAUCAAGAAAGUACUGAUUUGAGUAACACCGUGCUAUUGAUAGACGAGUUUGAUGUUUUCUUUGUGGAUAAGUUCUAUGGAAACAACAGUUAUAAUGUUUUUGCACCGGAAGUCAACGGGUUGGGAAAAGUUCAACAAAAAAUAUGGGAGCUUGUGCUUAGUGACAGCGAAGACGUUGAGUGCCAAAUAGAAUCUUUUAUAGAUUCGUCGAGCGAGCAAGAUGUGUUGGAAUUGAAAUCUCUCAUUGAACGUCCUGGAUCAUAUAAGCUGGUCACAAUUAGCAAAGAAUCUGCUUCUGAAGCAGAGUACACGAAUAAGACUUUUUUUCAUAGUCACUUCAAGCAAAUGAUAAAAACCGCCAACGAAGUUCAUAGGUUGCAGAAUAAGGACUAUCUUAAUAAUUUCAAGCUCAACUCCAAUGGUGUCAUAACUUGUAGAUUUGUGGAUGGGGAGUUCUAUCCGAAUGCUUUCUGCCAAUACGUCAAUGCGUUCACCUAUUUCAAGCUACGGAAAGAUAACUUUGUGCAAAAUGUAAACGGCUCGAUUAAUUUUGGUUAUUUGUACCUGGAUUUCUCGUCAUUGUCAUACGCGAAACUCCCGGAAAAAUAUCCUCUGAUUCUUGGCGUCUCCGGCACGCUGACAGGCUUAAGCCCCUAUGAAAAAGACGCCAUCGAAAAUCACUACUCCAUCCUGGAAAAGUCCUACAUACCAUCUUACUUCGGCCACUCCAAUCUGAAGUUCAACCCUCAGGACAAUUUCCUCUGUCUGCCCGGAACAAUGGAAUGGAGGAAUACGAUCAUCAGUCGCGUCAAUGCCAUCAUCAACGCAAACCGUUCCGUGAUCGUAUUUUUCAGCAAUCAGUUUGAGCUCGAUCUGUUUAGCGUGGCCUUCGGAAAGCAGCUCGAUAGAAUGAACGAACUUACCGUCGAAACGGACGGCGGCAAACGGGAGCGUUACAUUGCCGAAGCUGGCGUUCCUCGCACCGUCACGCUGGCAACCCGGGAGAUGGGCCGCGGCGUGGACUACAAAUCCAGCUUUUCGGUGGAGAAGUACGGUGGAGUGCAUGUUAUUCAGACUUUCUUCUCGACGGACGACAAGGAGGAAACGCAGAUCAUGGGACGCACCGCCCGUAUGGACAACCAGGGAAGCUACGAGAUGAUCGUCUGUCUAUGCCAUCUGGUGGCACUGGGGCUGGUCGAUUACACUGCAAAGUGUGAUGAGGUCUGUUACGAUCAGUUAGUUGAGGCCAGACGCAAAUAUUCCAAGCUAGCUAGUGAAGGAAGGGCGGGUGAUCUGAUGAGGGCCAAUGAUAAGCAUGACAAGAUCAUGGAGUUUUACGAAAACAUUUAAUUUUCUUCAAAGAGGACAAUAUAUGCUGUUGAGAAUAAAAAUAAGUGUAUUUUGAAUUUAAAUCACAAAA